AUGAAGGUCCGACUGGCGUGCUUCUCGUUCACCGGCCUCCUUGUCGGUAGUCAUGGCGCCUCCAUUUCCCUUUUUUCUCUGCCUGGCCCAGCGUGGACCACAGACACGGAGCCGAUGAAUAUCCGUCUUGUCAGCGCGUCAAAUCCGCAAACAGAAGGUUUGCGUUUGGCAGAACCCCUGGUUGGAGGCUCGAUCCUUCCUCCUCAAGCGAGCGAUGAACAUCAGCAGCUAGAAGAAAUCCACUUGCCUGGCAGCAGGAAUGACUUCGUUGCACAGGACGGGCAAAAGGACGGGCGAGUUUGUACGGGGAAAAGAAUUCGUGAUACCCUUUCAGGUUCCUUCGAAUGCACAGCCGAAGGCGGCCAAACUCAGGAACUUCCUUAUGACUUUUCCAGUUCUGCUCGACACGUUGAGGUUACCUAUAAUGAAGCAUCUUUCGUAGACUCCGCGCAGCUUCAUGAAGAUGAAAGCGCAAGUCGCUGGACCGGAGUCGACCAAGCCCUUGCGCCCAGGAAGCAUUCCUUGAAGAGUUUCUCUCCUGGUCGGGGGGACGAGCCUCUGGAUUUAUUGCAGGACCCCGCAGAGUUCUCCGAUGACCCAGAGGAGAGAACAUCCUUCAAAGAGCAGGUCGAUGCAUCCGCCGUCUUUCCUUUCACAGCGAACGCUCGUCUGCUUCUCCCUCCCGGAGAUACCGGUUCUGUUUCAAGUGAGAAGAGACAACUGGAAGAGCCGUCGGCAUCGGAGUCAGCGAGGUCUCUCAGAGAAGAAAGUGGAAGGGAUUACGGUGUAGAUACCGGUUCCUCAGAAGGGUCCAGCUCGUCGCCUGAAGAGGACGAGACUUCUUCUGCUCCAAAAGAAGUCAUGGGGCUAGCCGACAUGAUGGCGGCUGGCCGUCAGCGUCGACAAGCUGUUGAGGCACUGAGCAUGAUGGGUUUUCAGAUGCCACCUGGUGGGCUCGCCGCCAUGAGUCCCCAGCAACAGCAAAUGAUGGCGAUGUUUCUCAUGCAACAACAGGUGCAAAGUCUGCAGGGUUUCGCAGGUCAGCCCCCCCUGGGGUCCGAGCAGCAACUCGCGCAGCCGUUUCUCUCGGGACAGCAGCAGGGACAGCUGAUGCAGGAGAUGAUGCGAGGAAACCAGAGCUCUGGAAGGGGCGGGCGAGCAAAUCGGAACAGUCAGGGGAACUCAAUAUGGGGAGCGAGUCAGAGAGGCGGGCGGCAGCGGCAAAACGGCCCCUCUAUCGGCGUCGCUCCUGGACAGAUGGCGAUGCCUUCUGCUGGCUAUCCGCCUGGGUCGCUCGCCGCAAAUGGAAUGUACGCGCCCCCGUCGACAUAUUCCUCGCAUAUGCCCUACACGUACUACCCAUUUUCACCAGCUGCAAUGGCCAACCCCACGCCGUCGGCGCCUGGGGCAAGAGGGCCGGCGCCCCCAAGUUCUGUGCCACGGGUGUCUUCGUUGUUCCCUUCUCAGCCAGAAGUUAACACAGGAACGCUGGCCGCUACUUACGGCUAUGGCAACGGGGUGAACAAUGCGGCGUACGCGUCUACAGUGAUGCCGCCGGUAGGCGGGGGGAGCGCGCCCGGCGUUUUUGCAGCCAACCAAGGAAAUUCCGGCCUCGGGUUCGCUGCGUACACCGGAGGAAAUGCGGCCGCGUCGCCCUCGCCCUACGAUCCGAAUCUCCAGCAGAGACCAUCACAAAAUGUAGAGGCGGCGCGAUGGGCAGAGCAACUCAGAAGGCAGCAAGACGCGUGGGCUAGGCAAAAUGCUUGA